GGAAAUGAGAGCACGCCCCCAUGUUCUCCGGCGUCCCCUGAGAAUGACUGGCUGCGGCGAUACAGUUACGGCCCAUGGACUAUUAUAGGUAUGAAACUGAGCGGCAACACCAUACCGAUGCGGUUCAUAAACAGUAGCUAGGUAGGCGCAGUCCAGCGAACUAUACAGCCGAUAAAAUGGCGGAGGAAGUUGAUUGGAAGGGGCGAAUAAUUUUAGCAUUAACUGAAAGAAAUAAAUUGCAACAAUACUUCUUUAAAGAUAUUGUUUUAUCACAGAAUAGAUUAUCUGAGAAUGCCUCUGUUAUCAAAUCAAAGCUAUCAGAACAAGAACAUCAAAUUUUUCAACUGAAACAGGAAACUCUUGAGCUCCAAGGAAAGCUUGCUCUGGGAAGUGGAGCAGGCAUUGCUGGUGCUGUUGCAAAUGAAAAAAUUAUGAGUUUAGAACAGAAAAUUUACCGUUUACAAGAAGAACUUACAGAACAACACAGAAAUAGAGGAGAGCAUGCAAAUCAAAUAAUUGAAUUAACAAAUCAGGUUAAACUAAAAGAUGAACAGCUAUCAUUCAAGGAAGCACAGCUUCUCGAUUCACAAAAUAAUUUAGAGGCAAUGAGUAUAGAAUCAAAACGAAUUCAAGCAUCAAUGGCAGAACUUGAGGAAACUAGCCAGUGCCUGAAAGAUGAAUACCAAGCAUUACAAUUGCUGUAUAAUUCAAUUGAAGUAAAACUACGGAAAACGCAAGAGGAAAAUCAACAACUGGUUGAAAGAUGGAUGAAAGAGAAAGCAAUCGAUGCAGAUAAAAUUAAUUCUGAAAAUGAACAACAAGCGAAAUUACGUCAAGAAAAGAUGCAACGUGAAUUGAAUGAUGCAGCGAAAGAGUCAGUAGGAUUCAUCCAACGACUCACAAAGACGUUAAGCCAUGAUAUACCGCUGGAUACGGUGGACAUCGGCAUAACACCACCUCCGUUCGCCUACGUUACAUCUAUUCCUGACAAUCCACGAGUAUCUCUUGAUGCACACGAUGGCGAAGUUUUGAGCACCCAAUUUAGUCCUUCGGGAAAAUACGUGGCAACAGGGGGAUCUGACAGAAGAGUGAAAAUCUGGGAAACUGGACGAGGCCAUUUGAGUGAAUCAUCAGUUUUGCACGGCUGUAAUGCUUCUAUUUUAUGCGUUCGUUUUGAUAUUCAGGAAAAGUUAAUUUUAGCAACCUCGAACGAUAAAGCGUGUAGAAUUUGGACGAUUUCAGACCAACGAAUCCGGCAUACUCUGACGGGGCAUUCUGAGAAGGUGCUUGCGGCUAGGUUUCUCGGUGCAGACAGCAGUAAGAUUGUUUCUGGUAGCCACGACAGAACGUUGAAAAUUUGGGAUCUACGAAGUAAAGUUUGUACAAAAACAAUAUUUGCAAUGUCAAGUUGUAAUGAUUUAAUUGCCAGUGACCUAACUGGCACAAGCAUAAUAAGUGGACAUUUUGAUAAGAAAAUUCGAUUUUGGGACAUAAGGUCCGACUCUAACACGAAUGAGAUACAGCUCCCUGGAAAAGUGACAUCAUUAGAUCUAGCUCCAGAUAUGAAUUCUCUGUUGGUAUGUACAAGAGAUGACUCAUUAAAGUUAAUUGACCUCAGAAGGAACCAAGUUGUUUCAACCUACAGAGCCGAAGGGUUCAAAGUCGCGUUUGACUGGACUAGAGCAUGUUUCAGUCCUGAUGUGCAGUUCGUUAUGUGCGGCUCAUACGACGGUGGUGUCUACGUUUGGAAUGCAAGGACUGAUAAAUUGGAGAAAACUUUACGUGAGCACAAAAGUUCAGUUGUGGCUUGUGCGUGGCAUCCAAAUGGCUCGAGCUUAGUCACAUGCGACAGAAAUAAACAUCUCAUUAUGUGGACGGAUAUAUGAUGACGUCAUUAUACGAAAUUAGAAUUUUCACUGGAGAAGCAAUGAAGGUCUUUGUGAUAUUCCAUAUAAAAGAAUUAUUUGUUAAUCAGUACCUUUUAUAGUCGAAUCUAAGGUGACAACGUGCCAACGUACUCACUUUUAUAGGAGUAAAGAAAUUAUUAUUUUUUAUACCAUGGCUGCACGUUUCUGUGAAUAGAAAUAAUUGAAAUAAACAGUGCAAGAAUGUAA